GCUCCUCACAGCGCUGGCAACUCGGGCCCUGAGACUGAACUGUCUGGACUGUGCGCUGGAACACGAUCUUUGCUCUUCAGUGGAAUAUUACGUUUGUGCGCUGACAGUCGCUUUGUGGUGUUGAUUUUGUCACUCAUAAAAACGUCCUGAGAAAAUUGAAGUUAGAGAUGAAAGCCAUAACGAGACGUUUUUUCCGAGGAAGAUGCGGCCUGCAAGAAAGUAAUUUGCACAACAAAAUAUAGACAUUCCAGUGAAAAAGUAAAAGAACUGUUUAAACUUUCAAACACGUUUUCCUAUAUCUAUCUUUCCAGACCCCCACAUAAAAAAAACAUGUCCACCUGAAGAUAGAUGCAAAUAUCGAAACAUAAAAAAAAAAUAUAUAUAUAUAUAUAUACAUAUAUGAAAGAAAUACCUCAAAACGCAAAAUAACUUAAGCAGACUCCUUGACUCUGCAAAAUGUGAUGAAGACCCGAGGAUAAUGAGAAAUACAAGACUUCACAAGACUCCAGAUCAUGUUCAUUAUCCUUUUCCUGAUGGGUAUAUGGGCAGGGUCUGCCGGUGGCGGUUCUGAAGGAGUGGACACCACACGCACCCCAGCCAACGUCACUGUCCCUCCGAAUGUCAGCCGCGUCAGCCUGGACGAGGUGUCAGCCACCGAGGGCCAUGAGAAGAGAGAGGAGCCAUACUUCGACGCGUCCAUGUCGUCCCUUUACACAGCCUACCUGGGCAAGACCGCCACGCUCACCUGCGUCGUCCACGCGGCCAAGACUGACAAGUCGGUGUCGUGGAUCCGAGGCCGCGACCUGCGCAUCCUGACGGUGGGCGGCUACACGUACACGACGGACCUGCGCUUCGAGGCCCUCCACCAGCAGGCCAGCUCGGAGUGGACGCUCAGGAUCAAGUCGGUGCAGCUGCGGGACCAGGGCGGCUACGAGUGCCAGAUCGCCACUAGGCCCAUCCGGACGUUCAGCGUCUUCCUCAAGGUCGUGGAACCGACGGUGGAGGUGAUCGGGGCGCCCGACAUCUACGUGAACACGGAGAGCAUGAUCAACCUGACGUGCGUCGUGCAUCACGCCCCCUACCCGCCCGAGGCCAUCACCUGGUACCACGGGAAUCAGACGAUCAGCUACACGUCAGACCGAGGCGGCGUGAGCGUUGUGGAGGAGCGGGGCGAAACCACCUCCAGCUUCCUCCUCCUUCAGAACGCCCGGUCCUCGGAUUCGGGCGUCUUCACCUGCCAGCCGGAGGGCAUGGAGUCAGCUCAGGUGACCCUGCAUGUGCUUGACGGAGAGCGACCGGCAGCGAUGCAGACCAACUCGAGCAGCAUAAGCACAGCAAGAUUCUCGGCGCUGUUCGUCGUCGUCGUCCUGGCGAGCACCGUCGUUUUAUGAAGCGCUGUUCAGAAAACCUGCAUCUUCGAGUCUGCAAGCCAGUUCACAAAAGACAUUUGUAGAAAAAGACCGAUUUGAUGAUGGAAAGGGGAAAAAAAUUACACCUUUAGAAAAUAAUGUGUGUUGGAUUAUAUAUGUUCUUUCAGCGAGCAAAAUGUAUUUUUUUUUUUUUUUUAUAGUAUUCAUUAUGGUGAGAUCUGCGAUGGGAUUUCUUUCUUGAUUAAAUGUCUGUUAGUGAUGAUAUAGUUGGUGUAAUAAAAACCUAAUAAUUUGUUACAUGAAUUCUACUUUGAUAAAAAGAAAUGUUUUACGGUCACAAGGACAGAUAAUGCCGAUUGUAAAGUAACAAAUGAAUAUGCAUUGACACAAAGCGCACAUACACACGCUCACACACACACACACACACAU